GCUGGCUUUGAAAGCAAAUAUUUUAAUAAAAUCACUUUCAGUCAGUACUCUUCUAUUUAAGAGAGCAGAGUUUUGGGACUGGAUAAGAGGAGCAGGAAUUUGUCCAGCGGAAGUUGCUCUGAAUCAGAGCUCUUCAUCCACCAUGUUGCCCUGUGGACCAGCUUUGUCCUUUGUUCGGUGUCUGGUGCGGAAGAAGAAUGUCAGUGGUGAAAGCCUUGAGGAUUCCAAGUUAUGCCGAUGCUUGUCAACACUGGACCUUAUAGCCCUGGGAGUAGGAAGUACCCUUGGUGCUGGUGUUUAUGUCCUUGCUGGAGAAGUAGCCAAGUCUGACUCUGGACCUAGCAUUGUUAUUUCUUUCCUCAUUGCUGCACUGGCAUCCGUGAUGGCAGGUCUCUGCUAUGCUGAAUUUGGUGCUCGUGUUCCCAAGACUGGCUCUGCAUAUUUGUAUACUUACGUAACUGUCGGUGAACUCUGGGCUUUUAUCACCGGUUGGAAUCUCAUUCUAUCCUAUGUUAUAGGUACCUCAAGUGUAGCAAGAGCCUGGAGUGGCACCUUUGAUGAACUUCUUGGAAAACAGAUCAGUCAUUUCUUCAGAACCUACUUCAAAAUGAAUUACUCUGGGCUAGCAGAGUAUCCUGACGUCUUUGCUGUAUUCCUUAUAUUGCUGUUAUCAGGUCUUUUAUCAUUUGGUGUAAAAGAAUCUGCGUGGGUGAAUAAAAUUUUCACUGCUAUUAACAUCUUGGUCCUACUCUUCGUUAUGAUUUCUGGUUUUGUGAAAGGAGAUCCUGACAACUGGAAAAUAAAUGAAGAUUAUCUCAUAAACCUUACUGCAUUAACAAGGAAUUGUUUAUCCUGUGAAAAUGUGACAAGUAUAUAUGGGAGUGGUGGUUUUAUGCCUUACGGUUUCACAGGAACAUUGGCUGGUGCCGCAACCUGUUUUUAUGCUUUUGUAGGAUUUGACUGCAUUGCAACAACUGGGGAAGAGGUGAAGAAUCCUCAGAAAGCCAUGCCCAUUGGAAUUGUGGUAUCCCUGCUUGUCUGCUUCAUGGCCUAUUUUGGAGUUUCAGCUGCACUGACACUUAUGAUGCCAUACUAUCUACUAGAUGAGAAAAGUCCUCUGCCAGUAGCAUUUGAAUAUGUUGGAUGGGGUCCUGCAAAAUAUGUUGUAGCAGUGGGAUCCCUCUGUGCUUUGUCUACAAGUCUUCUUGGAUCCAUUUUCCCAAUGCCACGUGUAAUCUAUGCUAUGGCGAAGGAUGGGUUGCUUUUCACAUGUCUAGCUCAAAUCAAUUCCAAAACGAAGACCCCACUAGUUGCUACUCUAUCGUCUGGUGCAGUAGCAGCUGUAAUGGCUUUUCUGUUUGACCUAAAGGCUUUAGUGGACAUGAUGUCUAUUGGUACACUCCUUGCUUAUUCACUUGUGGCAGCCUGUGUCCUCAUUCUUAGGUACCAACCCAGUUUAACCUAUGAACAAACAAAAUAUUCCCCAGAAAAAGCAGCUUUGGCUGCAUCUGAAAGGGAAUCUGCAGUAAGUGAAUCACAGAUGAAUAUGAUACAAGAGAAUCACUUCAAUCUUCAGGUCCUGCUUAAUCCAUCCAGUUUACCUACUGAGCAAACUGCAACUACUGUUAACUUUUUAGUAGGUCUUUUAGCUUUCUUGGUUUGUGGCUUGAGUGUCCUCACUACAUAUUGGAUUCAUUUCAUUGCUAAAUUGGAGCCCUGGAGUAUUGGCCUUCUUGCUGUGUUGUUGGUGUCCUUCAUCGCUACCAUUCUCCUCAUCCAAAGGCAGCCCCAGAACCAGCAGAAAGUGGCCUUUAUGGUUCCACUAUUGCCAUUUUUGCCAUCAUUCAGUAUCCUGGUAAAUAUUUAUUUGAUGGUACAAUUAAGUGGAGACACCUGGAUCAGAUUUAGCUUCUGGAUGGCACUUGGCUUCCUCAUUUACUUUGCUUACGGCAUCAGACACAGUCUUGAAGGUCAUCGUAGCAGAGGAGAUGAUGACUCUUGUUCAGAAAACAGUGGGUUGCAAGAAAAGAACCCUGUAGAAGAAAUGGAUGAACCUGAAACUGCAAAUGAAAGUGAUCGAUUUCUUGCACAUGAGAGGACAAGUGAAUGUUAAUCUAUGCAAACAUAGAAGUAUUUUAAGCCUUUAAUUGACAUUUUACUUGCAGACUAAAAUUUCAAAAGGUUUCUGACAACAUUGUGCCUCUUGGAAGUGUUUACUACAAGGCCUGGCUAGUAUUUUGGACAAGCUCCUAAUCCAUCUUCCUCAUUUCAGAACUGACAGCAUGGAGAUUAGUAUUUAAAUUAAAGAGAAAAACAAACAACAAAA